AGCCGGGGCCGCCGCUGGCGGGGCCCGAGAGGAGAGCGAGGCGGCGCGCGGGGAGGCAGCCAUGGGCAAGCGGGUGGCCUUAGUCCUGGCCGGCUGCGGCGUCUUCGACGGCAGCGAGAUCCACGAGGCCUCCGCGGCCCUGGUGCACCUCAGCCGGGCUGGCGCGGAGGUAAAGAUGUUUGCACCUAAUAUUGAACAGAAGGAUGUUGUAGAUCAUUUAAAGGGUCACCCAAGCAAAGAAAAGAGGAACGUAUUAGUGGAAAGUGCCAGACUUGCAAGAGGUAACAUCCAAGAUCUGGCCGAACUGAGAGUUGAUGAAUUUGACGCUAUUGUCUUUCCAGGUGGCUUUGGUGUGGCCAAGAACCUGUGUUCCUGGGCUGAAGAAGGAAAGGACUGCACCGUCAAUGAGCUCGUGAAGUCCACGCUUGAGGCGUUCCACAGCGCAAAGAAGCCUCUUGGCUUGUGCUGCAUCUCUCCCGUGCUGGCCGCAAAGGUCUUCCCCGGCUGUGAAGUCACUGUUGGCCACAAUAACAAUGUCGACGGAAGGUUUCUCACAGCAGCUGCCAUAGAAGCACUGGGAUGCAAGCACAUUUGCAAGGAUGUGAAGGAAGCACAUGUGGAUUUCACCAACAAAAUCAUCACCACUUGCGCCUUCAUGUGCAAGGCCCCUUUGCAUGAAAUUUUUGAUGGGAUUGGGGCCAUGAUCGCUGAGCUCCUGAAACUUGCCUGAAGAGGGAAGCUCGGCCGUCAUAACCUUUGGAGAUUGCUGGCCAAUGCAUUUAACAAAUGAAACUUAGUGUGAUGGAUUGGAGUAAUAAAAUUUAUUCUGCUACUGA